AUGUGCGUUAGUUUCUCUCUCUCUCUCUCUCUCUCUCUCUCUCUCUCUCUCUCUCUCUCUCUGUGGCAACAACAACAACUCGGCAAUGCUUGCAUGUCUGUCCAGUUUAAAAGAGCGCCUUCUAUUGCAGUAUUAGUGUCAGUUCAAACGCUCAAACCGUGUCCGAACUCUUUGAAGAUAAUGCACUUGAAAGCAAUUAGCCAAUUGCCAAUUAGCUGGUUGAUCCACCACCACCAACAACAAUACAGUUGCAGUGCUCUCAGCCUCUCCCUAGCGCAAUUGGAGACCGGAUGGUCUUGGAACAAACCGCUCAGAGAUCAGAGAUCAACAACAACAAAAACUAGUCGGGUUUUCGCCGUGGGCAGAUAUGCCGCCGACCGCAUGCCUGAUCCUAAUACUCUUGGCCGGAGACAUUGA